AAUAAUGGUGUGGGGUUUUGAAAAUAUACAAUUACCUGCAUGUGUCUGGUCUGAAAAUGUUGAUAAAAGAAGUGCACUUGCUUCAUUACUUGCUGGAAUAUUGUUUUUUUUAGGAUGGUGGCUUAUAAUUGAUGUUCAUGCUAAAUAUCCAAAUGAAAUUUCAAAUGUUUAUCAUAUCUGUGGUAUUUUUGGAACAUUUUCUUUAUUAAUGGUAAAUUCUGUAUCAAAUGCUCAAAUUAGAGAUGAUGCAUAUAAUGGUGGUUGUUUAGGACCUAGAGGAGCCAGAGGAUGGCUGUUUAUUGGAUUUGUUAUGGGAUUUGCAGCUGUAAUAGCAGCUUGUUGGAUUCUAUUUGCAGAUUUUGUUGCAAUGGAUGUGAAGUAUCAUUGGCCUGGAGUUGGUUUAUUUUUACAAAAUGUAUUCAUCUUCUUAGGAUCAUUAACUUAUAAAUUUGGACGUGUAGAAGAUAAUUGGAGCUGAACAUUUCUGAGUUUAUAAAUAUUAAUAUUUCU